GGUUGGACUAGCAUUGUCUCCCCCAGACUUUUUGAUAUCGGGAGGAUGGGCGAUCUAGUCUCUGAAGCCGGUCCACGUGCUUACAGCUACACUCCCUUGCCCGACAGGACGAUUAGGGUAUUGACGCUAUUCGGUGGGAAUCCCGAGGACCCGCUAAGGGGAUCUCUCGAGUCUGUUGUCGUUGACGAUGCCGGUGUCUAUGAGCCUCUCUCGUACGUCUGGGGCGACGGGAAUCUCACGCACGAGAUAUUUCUGCCCACUGCACGGCUCAGGCUUACAGCUAGUCUGUACAAUGCCUUGAGACGACUCAGAAGGCGGACGGGAUCACGACGCGUGUGGGCCGAUCAGAUUUGCAUUGAUCAGCUCAACAAGGAAGAGAGGUCGCAGCAGGUGCAGUUUAUGAACCAAAUUUACAGGAAUGGAAGCCAUGUGCAGGUUUGGCUUGGCCUUGAUGAGCAUAAUCUGGCGAAAAAGGCCUUUGACUUUGUACGAAGGCUAGCCGAGCUGCUCGUCAACAACAGUGAACAUGCCGCUCGUCAUGUAGACAAUUUGUCCGAACAAGCAGUCGAUUACUGGAUGCCUCUAAAACACAUAACAGCUCUCCCGUGGUUUCUACGCGGCUGGAUUGUUCAAGAGAUCGGUACCAGAGCUCCCGCAACCCUGCACUGGGGAGAAGCAGAAAUGCAAUGGAAAACACUGCAUGAGGUGUGCGAGGAGCUUGCAGAAUACCAUCAUAUAAGGGUAAAGUUCAAGGUGGCGACGUCAACCAUCAAAUAUCUCUAUCGCCGCUUCAUCGAACCCGAGGCCCCCAGUCGGCACGACAAUCGGUUUAGCUUCAUCUAUGAACUCCAUCGAGCAGGACACUUGCAGGUCACGGAUCCUCGGGAUCGGGUGUUUGCCAUGCUGGGUCACUACUCUAUUCGCAAGGGGAAGAACAGCAAAUUGAAGGAGAUGAAGGCGGACUACAUGAAAUCAGUCGAGGAAGUCUACAUCGACGUUGCUGUGAGGGCCCUGACCGGAGAUAAUGAAUCUCUUAUUACUCUGGGGGCUGUCCAGCACAUGAACCUCUUCUCCUCAACUGAAGCUUCACGGACGCAAGAGCGCAAACUGCCACUGCCAUCCUGGACACCGGACUGGCGGGCUCGUCAUGGACAUAUAAUGUCUGAACCUACUAGCCAGCACCGCGCUUGCGGCUCAAAGAAGCCGGAUCUUCACAUCAGCACAUCAAUCCCAGAGGUACUCAGUAUUCGUGGCAUCAGGAUCGACUCGAUCCAGAACUGCUCUGCUCCACUAGAAAAGGGAGCGUUUCACGAGAGGAAAACUGACCAAGGAAACACUAGGCGGGUCGCAAUCGAGUCUCUUUGGAUGGACAUCUGCGGCAACACAAACGGCUUCGGUCUCGACGAUAAAUACGUCGACAGCAAAGACAGCAGCUUCUUCGCCUACGUCCAGACACUGAGCAACGGCUGCAUGGCAAUUUACUGGCAAGAUCACGCCGCCGAGAGCUACAGCGCCAUCAGUCAUGAAGAAUGGCUUGGACAUAGCGCCGCGUAUCUCACCAGCGCGGUAGACAAGGCGAUCAUCUCCACCGAGCUGCAUCGCCUGGCCGAGAAAGGAGAUGCGCUGAAAUGGAGCCGUGCAGCAACUGGCGCCUCGAGCAAUCGAAGCUUUGCCCGAACGACCAGGGGAUACUACGUGAUGGGACCGCAACUCAUGGAGGAGGGCGACAUUAUUUGCGUGCUCUUUGGUGGGAAGAUGCCGUUUUGUCUGCGGCCCUGUCUGGACUCUCACCGUUAUUUACUUGUUGGAGAGUGUUAUAUACAUGGAUUCAUGAAUGGGGAGGCGAUAGAGAUGCUUGACGAGGGCAGAUUAUACGAUGAGAUGUUUGAAGUUGUUUGAUGGGACGUGACGUACCUAGUAUGAGUCUUUUAUCUCUGCGGUCAUCAAGCCUGAUAUUCUGUACAUUAUAUUCUUAUUACAUUUGUUGCCGACUCUAGCUAGAUCUAUGAAAGAAGCCAAGGAUAUCAC